GGGUAGUGGGAGGGCCGCGCUCAGCAGCAGGCAGGCAGGGCGUGGGAGGGCUGUGGGGCAGGGCAAGGCCGGGUUUGGUUCCUUCUCGCCUGCCGUGAGGCGCCGGUGGGCGCUGAGCGGUGCGGGGGCUGUCAGCGGGCAGAGGGACGGGGCUGAAGGGUUGCAGGGUGGGUCUGGGCACCCCCUCAGCCUUGGGGCUGUGAGUGGGAAGGAGUCCCACUCGAGGUGGGACUCACAGGUACUGCUUUAUUUCAGAUCUUUGCAGGCAGAGAGAAAUAAGGAGGAAGAAAAUUUCGUUAUGGCACCAUCAGGAAGAAAGCAUUCAGGAAAAGCUGGUAAAGCAGGACAGGAAGAGCAAGCCAGAUCUGCCUAUGACUUUCAGGAGGAAAGAAAAGACCUGAGUGGAUCAGAGGAAGAUAUUAGAGAAGGUGAAACACCAGUAAUGGACAAGCAUGGCAAGAAAAGACCUAUGGUGACUACUCAUGUGGUUCCAGAUGAUGUGGGGGGUGAAGUACAGAAUAUGCUGGAAAGAUUUGGAGCUGACAUUAACAAAGCUCUCUUAGCCAAGAGGAAAAGAUUAGAAAUGUAUACAAAAGCCUCACUCAAAACCAGUAACCAGAAGAUUGAACAUGUUUGGAAGACACAGCAGGAGCAGAGGCAGAAGCUGAAUCAUGAGUUCUCCCAGCAGUUCCUGACUGUAUUUCAGCAGUGGGAUGCAGAUGUGCAGAAAGCAGAGGAACAGGAGGAAAAACUAGCGAAUAUGUUUCGUCAGCAACAGAAGGUUUUUCAACAGGCAAGAAUAGUUCAAAGUCAGAGACUGAAAACUAUUAAGCAACUAUAUGAGCAAUUCUUAAAGAGCAUGGAAGAGCUAGAGAAGAACAAUGAAAAUCUUCUAGCUGGCGCACAAAAUGAACUUCGCAAAGAGAUGGCUAUGCUACAGAAGAAGAUUAUGAUGGACACUCAACAGCAGGAGAUGGCAACUGUUCGCAAGUCUCUUCAGUCCAUGUUAUUCUGAUGGCUCAAUGGAGAAACAACUUGUACCUAAGUAACACGAUACAAGUAUAGGCGUUAGCCAUGAAGAAGUUAUCUUAAGAUUUAAGUAAGUGUUUUAAAGUUCCUAUUAAAUACUUUAAUGGAUUGUUCUAA